CACCAUAGAGACCUGCCGCUGCGGUCCUCCAGCGUGCAGAGCGGACGGCAGAGCGUGUCCCGUCUGUAUGGUAGGUCGGGAGGUCAUCAAGAUGGCGGCGUCCAUCGCAGAACAUGGAGGAAAGUGGAUCCUCUAUCAUGGAGCUCGCUCGUCAUUUUCCCGGAUGUCCAGACGGGCACUCAGUUCAGCCCCGAGCGAUGAGGAGGUGGCGCGCUACAACGUGGUGGUGGUGGGGGGAGGACAUGCGGGCACUGAAGCUGCUGCAGCCGCGGCACGGUCUGGAGCCAGCACCCUGCUCAUUACACACAAGGUGGCGACAAUAGGUCAGAUGUCUUGUAACCCGUCCUUCGGGGGCAUCGGUAAGGGUCACCUAAUGAGAGAAGUGGAUGCUCUGGAUGGAGUUUGUGGGAGGAUUUGUGAUCUCUCUGGGAUCCAUUACAAGGUCUUGAACCGACGCAAGGGCCCAGCAGUAUGGGGGCUGCGAGCACAGAUCGACAGGAAGUUAUACAAGCAGAACCUGCAGAAGGAAAUCCUGAACACACCGGGUCUCACUGUAACAGAAGGUUCUGUAGAAGACUUAAUCCUGGACCCCCCAGACCCCACUCACCCUGGGAAAUGUCAAGUCAGUGGGGUCAUCCUGGCGGAUGGAAGUAAGAUAUUUGCCCACAGCGUGGUGCUGACCAAUGGCACGUUUCUGCGUGGAAUGGUGCGCGUGGGUACGGAACAUAUUCCGGCCGGACGUUGGGGUGAAGCUCCGGCUGUCGGUCUUGCACAAACUCUGGAGCGCUUGGGGUUUGCUGUUGGGAGGUUGAAGACUGGAACCCCUCCUCGUAUAUCGAAGGAGUCUGUUAACUUCAGUGCUGUGGCGAGACACGAGGCUGAUAAUCCACCUGUGCCCUUCAGCUUCAUGAAUGACCGGGUCUGGAUCAAGCCUGAGGAACAACUUCCGUGUCACUUGACCUACACGACGGCUGCGGUGGAGCAGAUCAUUCAAGAAAACCUCCAUCUGAGCAGUCAUGUGAAGGAGACGAGCGCUGGCCCCCGAUACUGCCCCUCCAUUGAGUCGAAAGUCUUGCGGUUUCCGGGUCGGAGACACCAGGUCUGGCUGGAGCCCGAGGGCCUGGACUCUGAUGUCAUCUACCCCCAGGGCCUGUCUGUGACGCUUCCGGCCGAGGCUCAGGAGAGGCUUUUGAGGGAGAUCCCUGGACUGGAGAACGCUCAUAUGCUGAUGCCUGGUUAUGGGGUGCAGUAUGAUUUUCUCGACCCUCGGCAGCUCCGCUCUUCUCUGGAGACGUUUCUAGCCCAAAGACUGUUUUUGGCCGGACAGAUCAACGGCACCACUGGAUAUGAAGAGGCGGCGGCCCAGGUACACGUCUGGGUCAUCACACAUACUGCAGGCUUAGCCGUUCCUGAUGUGUCCAUGUUCAUACACCGAGAGGGCCCACGUGCUGUAAUGGCCUCCUUACUGAAGCUUUUCUAUGUCGUGUCCUUCCAGGGGAUCAUUGCAGGAAUCAAUGCCGCUCUCAGGGCCAAGGAUCGGCCAGCCUUCACUGUGAGCCGCACGGAGGGGUACAUUGGAGUCCUUAUUGACGACCUGACGACGCAAGGCACGCGAGAACCGUACCGCAUGUUCACCAGCCGCGCAGAAUACCGCAUGACUCUGCGACCGGACAAUGCGGACACACGGCUUACACUGAGGGGAUAUGAAGAAGCGGACUGUGUGUCUCGGGAGCGGUACGAACGGGCGCGUGCCACCAGACAGGCUUUAGACGACGGGCUCUCUGCUCUCCGCUCCCUCCAGUUUCCAUCCGUCAAGUGGCAGAAGCUGAUUCCAGAGGCGCAGAUCAGCAGUGCCCGUGUGAACGUGCUCAGUGGGGUGGAAAUGCUGCGCUACGAUGGAGUGGAGCUCCAGACCCUCUCCAGGCUGUUUCCGGAAGCCCUGAGGAGAUUUAGCAAACGGCAUGAUAUAGCUCGGCGCUUAAAGAUAGAAGCUUUGUACGAGCUAUACGUCACAUUCCAGCAGAAAGAGAUCGCUGAUGUUCAGAGAGACGAGUCCUUGAUAUUGCCAGAAGACCUAGACUACAUGGACCUCAAUGUCACUUUAUCACAUGAAGUCCGGGAGAAGCUAUCACUGAGUCGCCCUCAGACGAUUGGUGCCGCCUUCCGUAUUCCUGGAGUGACUCCGGCCGCCAUACUGAAUUUACUAAGAUACGUGAAGUCCAGCGUCCCGUCAACAGAAGCCACUAAAGGAACGCACAGAUACAGAGCGGCGGGUGAUGAGCUCCCCUCCACUGAUAGCCGGGCACUGCGUCAGCGCCCCCUGUAGGAUAGCGCUGGAGGACUCCACCAUCUGCUGUCACACAUGAGGAUGACUCUAGUCACCCCUCAGCCUUGGACUCGUCGUCUUCUGUCAAGUUGGUGAAAGAAACCCCGGCUAUCUUCUUAUAUCUGUUUGUGGGAAAGCUGGGUGACAACCCAUGGGCUCCUGAACAACAGGUCCUGCAUCCGGCUGCUGCAUAGCUCAGAUUUAGGAGUCAAGGAAGAUUCAGUGACAAUCAGAAUGAGAGUUGUAGUUAUUUUUUUUUUUUUACGAUCACUCAGCUUUAGACAUUUAUGUUUAUACGAUAUUCUCUAACUUAUUACUGUCUGACGCGCACUAUAUUUUCUUAUAAAUGGACUGUUCUGGUUUCAGAAAUAUUUCAGUUUAAGUCUACACAAAUUUGCUAAUUAUUUUGCCUCAUAUUUCUCUAGUCACAUCCAAAGCUGCUUUCAAAGUCUUCCUUGUUGCCUUGGAAACAGACUGCAGUCUAGCACCACCUGCCUUCAGCUUUGUGUAUCUGCUGGUUCCCUUCCCACAAUGCACACAGUGUAGAUUUCUGCUUAUAGCUUUGAAUGUGAGUGGAGAAGAAUGGUUCAUGUAUCUAAAGCUGGCCAUACACUUGAGAUCCCGGUUAGAUGAAUUUACAGUAAGGUGCCGGACCUCCCCGUAUACGUGCAUCGGAAGAUAGGAGUUAUACCACCGUCUGAUAUGUCUCCUGCGGUGGCUUCUCUCCCCCAAUCCUCCACUCACCACCCGCUGAUCCAUUCCUCCAGGGACACGGCCUCCUUCUCUUCUAUGGGUAGGAUAUGGCUUAUUCUGGCGUGCUGUGUGCUCAGAUACGUAGACCUCUUACUUAAAUGCAGAAGAAGUCGUCCCCCUGACUAAACUUCUCGCUCCCCGCCUCCUUCCAUCUCUCUGCCGUUCACAGUGCGACUGUCACACGAGAGGACCAUUCCAAUACAUCGUGGCCUCACUGUGUGAAAGGUCCUGGAUGGACACUAGUGAAGCUGGUAAUAAAUAAACAGCAAUUCUCUUACAUUAACUU